CGCGUCUUUGUCUGGAAGAUACUAAUGCAAAAUUCCGAGCCAUCAUACCUUUGUUUAUUUUUCUGCCAGGAGAAAUAGUAACAAAAACAAAGAGAAUAAAAAAAUUCAAAGGGAAUCUUUUGUUUUUGAAUAGUCUGGAUCCAACUUGUUUCAGUAUUUCAUCUGAUAAUCCAACAUGGAAGACGCACAAAUGGUCGACGAUGCCAACAUCGCCCUCGAGACUCCGCCCGACAACGUCUUCAUCCCACCAUCAAUAAAUGAAACCGCCCUAGUCGCAGGAGACACAUAUACGCAUUUUUCACCUGUACCAGACUCCCUCCUUUCACCAUCACCCGUACCAUGCGUUCUGGGCGUCGAUGAGGCCGGCCGCGGCCCCGUCCUGGGCCCCAUGGUCUACGGUGUCUUCUACCUGCCCAUCCCGCUCUCCGACCCCUUGCUCCGGGAGACCCACCACUUUGACGACUCCAAGGUCCUGACGCCGGCUGUGCGCUCGAGCCUGAUGGAGUCGCUGUGCACGCCGACGCUGUCGCAGUCCGCCGGGAGCCUCAACAGUACGUGCGGAUGGGCGAUAUCGUCGCUGUCGGCACGCGACAUCGGGGCGGGCAUGAUGCGCCCCGCCACGUCGGCGGCAUACAACCUCAACGCACAGGCGCUGGACGCUACGGUAUCUUUGAUACAAGGCGUCAUGGACAGGGGGGUCAACGUCGCCGAGAUCUACGUUGACACGGUCGGUCCCCCGGCCGCGUACCAAAAAAAGCUGGAGCGGUUCUUCCCAACCGCAAAGGUCACGGUCUCCAAGAAGGCCGAUAGCUUGUACCCCUGCGUCAGUGCCGCAAGUGUCUGUGCAAAGGUGACACGUGAUGCGGCGCUCGAGGUACUGUACAAGAAUGUCCUGUCCGAGAUCGCAAAGGCCGAGGGGGGCGAGGAUGAGGAGAUAGGGUGGGGUUCGGGCUACCCGUCAGAUGCAAGAUGUGUGGGAUGGCUCAAGCGGAACAUGCAUCCUGUGUUUGGCUGGGGCACCGAAUGCCGGUUCAGCUGGGGCACGGUUAAGGACAUGCUAGAGGCCGCAAAAUCUGGCAAUGGCGCCGUCAGAGUCGACUGGCCGGUCGAGGACGAUGGAGAGUCGCAUCGCGUCACCGAUUUCUUCAUUGCCAGCACUGGUAGCGGUGGUGACUCCGGGGGGAAAGAGGCAGAUGAGUUGGGGGCGUGGUUCGGCACGCCUGCCGAUGUGGAGGCUUUUUGAACAACAACAGUUGGCUUGUGACUGAGCUAGCAAUUUUCUAGACAACAUAAUCAUUAUGGGCUGGGCUUGGCGUUGGGGGUUUUGGUGCUUGUGAUCCGAAUGGGAAAUGGAUAUCAGUGUAAAGGAAGGCUUUGUGGUAAAUCAUACAUGAUGCUUUUACGUAUGCACUUUUUGUAAACUCAAUCAAUACAUAUUUACAUUAAAUUUACUAUUUUUGGGGGUUGGAA